AUGUGUCGAAUUCUUAAGAAGCUCAGACACUUUAACAUCUCAGUUGUCAUUUGUGUACAGACAGCAAAGAGUUUAAGUAAGGAUGUAAAGAGAAUACUUACUGAUAUCAUACUUUUCCCGGGAUUGUCCGAAGACGAUUUCAUGGAACUUAUGAAAGAGUCCAUGGCAGGUAAGUUUGACAGACAUGAACUAUGGGAGAAGUACAAAGUCAUACAAGACCCUCAUACUUCUUUCAGAAUUCAUAUCUACGCAAACAAAGUUCAAAUUGUAAAAAGUCAAGCGUAA